AUGUCAUUCUUCAGAGGCAAGAAAUCAGCACUACGCCAGCGCCCUCAUACGCUCGAACCUGUCUGCUUGAAGCCUCCAGACGGCCAGGAAGUCCUGGUUUCAAGGCAGCUGGACACAAUAUUAUAUGACCAUAACGUCGAGGUUCUCCAUCACGUAAUCGACGUAUAUUUCGUCGAGAUGCGCUGGGUGGAGGUAUCCGCAGACACAAAUGAUUUGGACACACGCAUGCACGUCAAGCGCACAUUCACUACAGUCGCAAAUCCCUCAAGGGCAGACUGUAGAGCUGCGCUGAGCAGCCUCGCACGGAGGAUCGUUGCGGACAGCGCGUUCAGCGCGUCCACGUGGACCCGGUCCUCGCAGGCCACCUCCGCUGAGUACACCCUCGACCUCCAGCCACACACGACUACGCGGAUCUAUGAGCGCGUGUUCGUGUUCCGCGUGCACGAGUGGUUCUGCUCCGAUGCGCACAGUGUGCUGUGGCGGGUAGGUGAGGAAUACGACACCUUGACGAACAAGAUCUAUGUGCCUGUGCACACGAAUCAAUUCGCCACACGUACCACGAAGAUGGAAGGUGAAGGGGUUAUUGAUGUUGCAAAGGCAUGCGACCAUGUGGGUGGUAGAUGGGACAACGUAAGACCCGCACUGUUGCGCGAUGCGACUUCCAGGUGUAAGGAGAGUUUGAGUGGCCAAUCUGGUAAGGUGCCAUACUAUAAGUAA